AGGUUGAAACGUUUGUCAUAAACUGUCAACAGAGCAAGCAGCAGUGAGUUCAGUUUCAUACAAAAAUUACUUCGUUUGAGCGUCGCAGUAGCCCACACAAUACCGGUCAUCGUCCCUACAGAACAGAUGUUACAGUAACUAAUGAGUAGCUGGGCUCACUUCAUGGGGUUAAAGUUGAACCCUUCAGCCCCCUCAUCUUAUUCAGCCCAUUCAUCCAGCCACACCCAUUCUUGAAGCACAAAGGAUUGGAAGGCCACAAGAGAGACAUGAGUGGUACAGUCUGCCAGAUCACAAUAAUUACUGAUCCAGGUAUCCCUUACUUCCUGCGAGUGGAUUGGGCAGUAGACCUGGGUGCUGGGUUCACAGUAGCUCUCACUGAUGGCAGCUCAGCGUGGAUUGGAGAAGUUUCAGAAGAUGAAUUGACAAAGGAGGCAAAUGAAUUGGGAGUCACAAGGGAAAGAUAUGUUGAGGAUCUUCUUCAAGUCCUAACAAGAAGUAAAGAUGGAAGGAGAGGAAGCGACAAGGAGGAGCAUUCUUUCCACCUUACUCCAGAUCACAGUCAUCUCUCAUAUCAGAAGAUCUCUAAUGAUAUCUCGGUGCAUUUGGGCUCUGUGGAGCUCCAGCCAGCUCCAGAUCCUCUAGAGCUGAACCGGGAGAUGAUUGGCCAGUCCCUAAAGCGUAGCACAGAUCUGGAGUCAGAAAACUGCCAGCUGUUGGCGGAGAACUGUAGACUGAAACAGGAGCACCAGCGAAUAGUCACAGAGCUGGAGCUGCAGGUUCAGGGUAAGGAGAUGUUGGAGAGGGAGCUGUACUCAUGUUUUGUCAUGGUGCUGAAGGAAAAGAAGGCAAAGAUCAGAGGCCUCCAGGAUGUUUGCCGCCAGCUCCAACAGACCACUGGCCAGCAGAGAGAUGAAGAGAUGAGACAAAGUGACAAUGACGCAACUCAGGGUGAAGAUGGCAGUCAGGACAGAGGAGAGUUCAGUUCAGUUCAGAGCAUCCAUCCAUCUCAGGAGCCAACUAUCCUCAUCACAGGUCGUAAUCUUGUGUGCCAUGGUAUGUCUGUGGACUGGACUUUUUCUGAUGAUGAAGACGAACAACCGAAGCAGAAGCACAGGUUGCUGCAAACACCAACCCCGGAACCUAUUGAGCAGGAAUAAAAUCAGAGAUGAUAUCCAGGACUCAUCAACAUGAUUAAAGCCCUAAAUCUAAGGGUUUUGUGAUGAACAGGUUUUCUUGAUCCCUAUCCAGCUAUGUGGUAGGCUAGUCAGCCCUCAACUCGAUACACACAACCAAAACAGUGGCAACCAAGCAACAGUGACCUGGACGUGUACGCAGAUUUGAUGCCAGAUUUUGUCCAAGAUUGUGAAAGCAGUUUUCAGAAAGCAAGAGCAUGUUACUGCCAUCUGUUUUGCCUUAACUGUGAUAAAUACCUGCCACAGCUCUCAUGAGACACUUGCUGCUUGUCUCUCAUCUUCAAUAAAUCAAAAGAUGAACAAUUAA